UUUAUCGACCGACCAAUCAGAUUGACCGUGGGAGCCGCCCAGAGGAUGUCAACUGGAUCACCGCUUGAAUGACGAUUUGGACCAUCGAACGAAUCUAUUCACCCCCUGUGUGUUAUUCCUACAAACUAUGACGGAGAAACACGUCGGCUGACACGGAUAUUGACGUCGUACGCCACUAGCUUGACUUCCUACUCAGUGGAUCCACUCUGCUAGUGGAAGCACAAUGGAGACUUUGAUUCCCACCAUCAACCGUUUGCAAGAGGUUUUCCUCACGGUCGGCGCAGAGAUCAUCCAUCUGCCUCAAAUCGUCGUGGUCGGAUCUCAGAGUAGCGGGAAGAGCUCAGUGCUGGAGAGUCUGGUUGGACGCGAUUUCCUGCCCCGAGGCUCGGGGAUCGUCACCAGACGACCGCUGGUGCUGCAGCUUGUCAACGUCGCACCUCUGGAGGAGCGACUGAAGACUGAAAAUGGAAAUGGGGUUAAACAAACGACACAAAACAACUACCCAGCGAUCAAAGCUGAAGAAUGGGGCACCUUCCUCCACUGCAAGAAUCAGGUCUUUACAGAUUUUGGGGAAAUCCGUCAGGAAAUCGAGGCGGAGACUGAACGUUCUUCAGGCAACAACAAGGGAAUCACUCCCGAACCCAUCCAUUUGAAGAUUUUCUCCCCCAAAGUCCUCAAUCUCACCCUUGUUGACUUGCCGGGCAUCACUAAGGUUCCGGUUGGGGAUCAGCCCGAGGAUAUCGAAGCUCAAGUGGAGGAGAUGAUCUCGUCCUUCAUCUCCAAUCCCAACUCACUCAUCCUCUCCGUGUCCCCCGCCAACUCCGACUUGGCUACCUCGGACGCUCUGAAAUUGGCCCGUGAGGUCGAUCCAGACGGUCGACGGACUCUUCUCGUGGUCAGCAAGCUGGAUUUGAUGGACGCGGGGACAGACGCUCUGGAGGUACUUCUCGGUCGAGUCAUUCCAGUCAGGCUCGGGAUCAUCGGGGUGGUGAACAGGAGCCAGCACGACAUCAACACUCAGAAGAGCCUGGGGGACAGCGUCAAGGACGAGCAGGCCUUCCUGCAGCGUCACUACCCGUCGCUGGCGUCCCGUGCCGGCUCUCGCUACCUGGCCAAAACGCUCAGCAGGCUUCUCAUGCACCACAUCCGAGACUGCCUGCCGGACCUCAAGACCCGCGUGACGGUGCUCAGCACCCAGUACCAGUCGCGUCUCAACAGCUACGGCCAGCCGGUGGAGGACCACAGCGCCACUCUGCUGCAGAUUGUCACCAAGUUCGCCAGCGAUUACUGCAACACCAUCGAGGGGACGGCGCGCUACAUCCAAACCUCGGAGCUCUGCGGCGGCGCUCGCAUCUGUUACAUCUUCCACGAAACCUUCGGUCGCACGCUGCAGUCCAUCGACCCUCUGGGAGGACUGACAGAAUUCGACGUCCUCACCGCCAUCCGCAAUGCUACCGGUCCGCGCCCGGCGCUUUUCGUCCCGGAGGUUUCCUUUGAGUUGCUGGUGAAGCGUCAAAUCAAGCGUCUGGAAGAGCCCAGUCUGCGUUGUGUGGAGCUGGUCCACGAAGAGCUGCAGAGGAUCAUCCAGCACUGCUCGUCUUUCAGCACGCAAGAGCUUCUGCGAUUCCCCAAACUGCACGAUUCCAUUGUGGAAGUGGUGACGGGAUUACUGAGGAAGCGCCUGCCAAUUGCCAAUGAAAUGGUGCAUAAUUUAGUAGCAAUCGAGCUGGCCUACAUCAACACAAAGCAUCCGGACUUCACGGAUGCGGCGCAGGUCUCGGCAUCCGUCAACAGUCAGCAGGCAGACGGCCUGGAUGCAACCAAGCGCUGGAAGAAUGACAAGGUGGCAGAGGACAAAGCUCCGACGGCGGCCUUUGGCAGCCCCAGUAAAGGGCAGCCCAUUAACCUGCUUGACACAACAGUGCCCGUGCCUCGCAAGUUGAGUUCAAAGGAGCAGAAGGACUGCGAGGUCAUCCAGCGACUCAUCAAGUCUUACUUCCUCAUCGUCCGCAAGACCAUCCAAGACAGCGUUCCCAAGACCGUCAUGCACUUCCUGGUGAACUAUGUCAAGGAGCAUCUGCAGAGCGAGCUGGUGGGUCAGCUCUAUAAACAGACGCUACUCCAGGACCUGCUCAUUGAGUCGCAGGACACAGCGCAGCAGAGGACCGAGGUCGCGCAAAUGCUGGAGGCACUUAAGAAGGCCAAUCACAUCAUCUGUGAGAUCAGAGAGACACACCUGUGGUAGCAGACGCUCCUCACUUUCUCCACAACAAGAAUAAUGAUGUACAGUAAGAGGAAGGCAAACACGCUUCUGUUCAAAUCUCGGGUUUUUUUCUUCGCAAAAUAAGACCAAGAGAAAUCAUUUUGCCACAGUAAUGCAACUCAAGAAAAUGGAAUCUUUUUGGGAGCGGAGGUUGCAUAAGUGUGCACACCCUCUCGGACCUGGAAAUGUGGCUUUGCUCAUUCGUAACCAAUCACAUCAAGUUACUAAAUGGCAGUCGGCACACAUCUGCGCAUUCAAAGUGCCUCUGAUGAAGCCCUGAUAAAGUUCUACUAAGCUUUAGAUCCAUCCGGCCCAUUGAUAGUGGAAAAAGGAAAAAAAAAAAAGUAAUGAUUUAUCUUUGUCUUAUUUUUAAAAGAAAAAAAAACACACGAUAACCUGACUUUUGAACAAGGGUGUGUAGACUUUUUAUAUCCACUGUAUGUGUGUGUGUGGUUGUGUGUGUGUGUGUGUGUGCAAUUUCUCCUGGACCAAUGAACAUUUAGCACAUUUCGAUCCAUUGUUGCCCUCAACCAAAACCUCCAGGGCUCCUCACUCAGGUUCUGCCACUUCACUGUCAAUGUGAACAAAGUCUCAGACUCCCUUUAUGUCGUUUUGUCAUGCCAAGUGUGUCAUACAUGUACAUUACAUGUGCGAUGUUUUAUUUGUAUAUCCAGAAAUGGCCAACAUUCGUUAAGCAGGUGCUGAAUCAACAAUUGGGGGUUGCACUCCAGUUUAAAUCCACUUGUUGGCAUCCGUCUUUCUGAUUUUCUAAAAUGUUUGCGAUGGUGAUGUUUGUAUUAGAUCAAGUCAUCCAAUUGGAGUGGAAUCCCAGCCACAAUGCUAAAGGCGGCUGAGCUUAAAGGCUCUCAUUUGUUUUUCUCAACCCCUCACAUUUUUUUUCAGGUGAAGAACCUGAUUUUGCACAAAUAUAUGGUACAUGUUCCUUUUCACUACUGUAAUAACAGGUGCUUUUUUUUUUUUUAACUGAGCUUCAAGAAGUCAGGUUUUAUUGAUAGGGAUUUGUUUUUGCGUCAGAUUUAUAAAUACCAAAAAAAAAAAAAGUACUUGAUGCUCAAAGUUUAGGCAAGCAUGCUACGGAUUUAUUACGAUGUUCAGUUUGAGUGUCAUGAGGCAGCUGAAAUAUAAAGCUCACCUUCCUUGUCACAGUUCUAGUAGAGAACCCUGUUGAAGACCUGUGAUGCCUCCCAGGGAUCAGAUACAAUCUUUUUUUUUUUAUAGAGGGAAGAGAGGCUCUUACAACUGAGGAGUCUAAUUGUGCUUGUUGGAAACACUCAGCAUGCAAUCUUAUUUCCACAUAUGCUUGUAGUGUCCCUAUAAAAAAAAAAAAAAAAAAGAAACCGAGAAUGUAACCCGACACGUUUCCUUGACUACUAUGGUAUAUGUAAAUGUUGCUUGUUUUGUCAACCCAAACUGGUGAUAAGGACCAUUCUUUGCCCGAAUGCUUUGUAUCAUGUGUCGCUUUGCAUACGGAUUAGGGAAGUUCCAAAAAAGUACAAUUAUGAGGAAAAGGUUGUCAUGUUACAAGACGAAAGACUGAUCAUAAAAAGGGUCAUGUUAACAAAAAUAACUUGAAAAUGUUAGACAUAUCAUUAUUAAAGUAAUAUUGAUCUCAUUAGUAGUUACAAAUAUAAGGACUGUUUUUUUUCCCAAUUUGUUCUUUUUUUCAAAAAAGAAAUUCCAUGAAAAUGAUGACCUCUUCCUUGUGAUUUUGACGACUUUGUUCUUUUUCCUUUCUCUGUGGCCCUACAAUGUCUUUGCCCAUCUCCAAUGAGACAUGUUAUUGUUCUAGAAGGAAUACCUUUAACGGCACCGUCGAAGGGCAUCGAUCCAAUCGAGGACGUAUGCGUUGAGAACGCAACGAGGAGCCGCCAUGAACGAAUUUUGUAUUAUUUAAGUGUAAAUUAUUCACAAUGCGUGCACUGCCUCUGAGUUCUUGCCUGCCAAUAUUUGUCAUAAAUGUUUUACUCUUGGAGGCCAUUAAACUUCAGUGAAGGACAA